AUGGGGUUGUGCAGUUCAAAGGAGCCCAAACCCAGUACUCCUGCGGUGAAUGGGGCUCCCAAAAGGCAGACGGCUCAACAGGAGGUGUCCAAGCCGGCGCAGACUACCGAAGUGACGCAACCCAAAGUUCCUGAGUCGACCGGUGCUGCUGAACGCUCAAGUGACAGCAGCAAGGAAAUUAAAGUUUUACUUUUGGGCCUGGGCGAGCUGGGUAAGCUGACCAUUGUCAAACAAAUGAAGAUUUUGCAUCAAGGUGGCUAUACUCGAGAAGAGCUAGUGGAAUACACCCCCUUUGUCUACAAAAACGUGUUAGAUUGCAUCAAACUGGUCAUUAAUGCAAUUAUUGACUUGGAACCAGAUUUGAUUGCGAAGGAUCUGGAUCAACCAACUGGCCCGGGUACCCCACAACUUGAUGGACUGAUCAUGCGUACACACGUUUUGAACUAUGAUGAUUUAAACUCUAUCCUAGGGUACGAAAUUGCCAUUGAUUCUCAAGAGUCAUUCUCACCUGCAAUUGCAGCCAAGAUAAAAAAAUUAUACUCUACUCCAGAAGUGAUUCUGUUUAUGAAACUAAACCAAGGCCGAUUCUAUCUUAUUGAUCUGACGCAAUAUUUUAUGGCGAACAUUGACCGGAUUGCUGCUCAAGGCUAUGUUCCUCUGACUGAUGACAUCUUAAGAACCCGUAAGAAGACAUCAGGUAUUUACGACUUUCACUUUCAAAUGGGUCUGGGGCUCAAGAUCCAUAUGUACGACGUGGGUGGUCAACGAAGUGAAAGAAAAAAGUGGAUUCACUGUUUUGACAAUGUUACGCUUAUCAUUUUUUGUGUUGCACUCUCCGAAUAUGAUCAAGUUCUUCUCGAAGAAAACUCUCAGAAUCGAUUGGAGGAGCUGUUAACUCUUUUCGAUUCCGUCGUUAACCUGCGUUGGUUUGCUAGAACUCUGAUUGUUUUGUUCCUUAACAAAAUUGACGUGUUUGCCGAGAAGUUGAAGUAUUCACCACUAGAAAAUCAUUUCCCUGACUACACUGGUGGCGAUAAUAUCAAUAAGGCCGCCAAAUAUAUCCUUUGGCGUUUCACUCAGAAGAAUCGUUCACUGCUCAACAUUUUUCCUCAUGUCACACAAGCUACAGAUACCCUGAAUAUUCAACUUGUGUUUGCUGCAGUCAAAGAAACAAUCUUGGAGAAUCUGCUUAAAGAUAGUGGAUUACUUUAA